AUGGGGACAAAUGGGUGUUUGGAGGGGGGCAGGGUGCUGAACACCACGGAGACAACACAGGGACGAGAUGGACUAGAAUGGGAAUGGGUGUGGACCACGAGCCAGGAGGCCACAGCAGGCUCAGGUGGCUGUUCCUUUGAUGAGCACUACAGCAACUGUGGGUAUAGCGUGGCUCUGGGCACCAAUGGGUUUACCUGGGAGCAGAUUAACACAUGGGAGAAGCCAAUGCUGGACCCAGCUGUGCCUACAGGCUCCUUCAUGAUGGUGAACAGCUCCGGAAGGGCUUCUGGCCAGAAAGCGCAUCUUCUUCUGCCGACACUGAAGGAGAAUGACACCCACUGCAUUGAUUUCCACUACUACUUCUCCAGCCGAGAUCGCUCCAGCCCGGGAGCCUUGAAUGUCUACGUGAAGGUGAACGGUGGUCCCCAAGGGAACCCUGUCUGGAAUGUGUCUGGGGUUGUCACCGAGGGCUGGGUGAAGGCAGAGCUUGCCAUCAGCACCUUCUGGCCUCAUUUCUACCAGGUGAUAUUUGAAUCCGUCUCUUUGAAGGGUCAUCCUGGUUACAUCGCUGUGGACGAGGUCCGGGUCCUUGCUCAUCCAUGCAGGAAAGCACCUCAUUUCCUGCGACUCCAGAACGUUGAGGUGAAUGUUGGUCAGAACGCCACGUUUCAGUGCAUUGCUGGUGGGAAGUGGUCUCAGCACGACAAGCUUUGGCUUCAGCAAUGGAAUGGCAGAGACACGGCCCUCAUGGUCACUCGUGUGGUCAACCACAGGCGCUUCUCGGCCACGGUCAGUGUGGCAGACACCUCUCAACGCAGCGUCUCCAAGUAUCGCUGUGUAAUCCGCUCAGAUGGUGGGUCCGGCGUGUCCAACUACGCAGAGCUGAUCGUGAAAGAGCCUCCCACGCCCAUUGCUCCCCCAGAACUGCUGGCGGUGGGGGCCACCUACCUGUGGAUUAAGCCAAAUGCCAACUCCAUUAUUGGGGAUGGCCCCAUCAUUCUGAAGGAAGUGGAAUACCGCACUACCACGGGCACCUGGGCCGAGACCCACAUCGUGGACUCUCCCAACUACAAGCUCUGGCAUCUGGACCCUGAUGUGGAGUAUGAGAUCCGGGUGCUGCUCACACGGCCAGGCGAGGGAGGCACAGGACCACCAGGGCCUCCUCUUACCACCAGGACCAAGUGUGCAGAUCCUGUGCACGGCCCUCAGAAUGUGGAGAUUGUGGACAUUCGGGCCAGGCAGCUGACCCUGCAGUGGGAGCCCUUUGGCUACGCAGUGACCCGCUGCCACAGUUACAACCUCACGGUGCAGUACCAGUACGUGUUCAACCAGCAGCAGUACGAGGCUGAGGAGGUGAUCCAGACCUCUUCCCACUACACCCUGCGGGGUCUGCGGCCCUUCAUGACCAUCAGACUGCGGCUACUGCUCUCCAACCCUGAGGGCCGGAUGGAGAGUGAGGAGCUGGUGGUGCAGACCGAGGAAGAUGUUCCAGGAGCUGUUCCUCUUGAGUCCAUCCAGGGAGGGCCCUUUGAGGAGAAAAUCUACAUCCAGUGGAAACCUCCCAAUGAAACCAAUGGCGUCAUCACACUCUAUGAGAUUAACUACAAGGCUGUUGGCUCACUGGAUCCAAACGCCGACCUGUCCAGCCAGAGGGGGAAAGUAUUCAAACUCCGGAAUGAAACCCACCACCUCUUUGUGGGUCUGUACCCAGGAACCACCUACUCCUUCACCAUCAAGGCCAGCACAGCCAAGGGCUUUGGACCCCCUGUCACCACUCGGAUCGCCACCAAGAUCUCAGCUCCAUCGAUGCCUGAAUACGAUGCAGAUACACCACUUAAUGAAACAGAAACGACCAUCACAGUGAUGCUCAAACCUGCCCAGUCUCGGGGAGCCCCUGUCAGUGUUUACCAGCUGGUGGUCAAGGAGGAGCGACUUCAGAAAUCCCGGAGAGCAGCUGACAUCAUCGAGUGUUUCUCUGUACCUGUGAGCUACCGGAACGCCUCCAACCUCGAUUCUCUCCACUACUUUGCUGCUGAGUUGAAGCCCUCCAACCUGCCUGUCACGCAGCCAUUUACAGUAGGAGACAACAAGACAUACAAUGGCUACUGGAACCCUCCCCUCUCCCCAUUGAAGAGCUACAGCAUCUACUUCCAGGCACUCAGCAAAGCAAAUGGAGAGACAAAAAUCAACUGUGUGCGUCUGGCUACAAAAGGUGCUUCCACCCAGAAUUCGAACACUGUGGAGCCAGAGAAGCAGGUAGACAACACGGUGAAGAUGGCAGGUGUGAUCGCUGGUCUCCUCAUGUUCAUCAUCAUCCUCCUGGGUGUGAUGCUGACCAUCAAAAGGAGAAGAAAUGCUUAUUCCUACUCCUAUUACUUGAAGCUGGCUAAGAAGCAGAAGGAGACACAGAGCGGAGCCCAGAGGGAGAUGGGCCCCGUGGCCUCAGCUGACAAGCCCACCACCAAGCUCAGCACCAACCGCAAUGAUGAAGGCUUCUCCUCCAGUUCUCAGGAUGUUAAUGGAUUCAACAGCAGUCGUGGGGAGCUGUCCCAGCCUACCCUCACCAUUCAGACUCACCCCUACCGGACCUGUGACCCUGUGGAGAUGAGCUACCCCCGGGACCAGUUCCAGCCUGCCAUCCGAGUAGCCGACCUGCUUCAACACAUCACUCAGAUGAAGCGAGGCCAGGGCUACGGCUUCAAGGAGGAAUACGAGGCCUUACCAGAAGGACAGACAGCUUCGUGGGACACAGCCAAGGAAGAUGAAAACCGCAAUAAGAAUCGAUAUGGAAACAUCAUAUCCUAUGACCACUCCCGGGUGAGGCUGUUGGUGCUGGAUGGAGACCCCCACUCUGACUACAUCAAUGCCAACUACAUCGAUGGGUACCACCGUCCCCGGCACUACAUUGCAACCCAAGGUCCAAUGCAAGAGACUGUGAAGGACUUUUGGAGAAUGAUCUGGCAGGAAAACUCUGCCAGCAUCGUCAUGGUCACAAACCUCGUGGAAGUGGGCAGGCACCCAGCGGAACACACUGUGGGAAAUGCCACGCUAGGCCGUGCGUCGUCCCCCGGAAUGGUAAAGUGUGUGCGAUACUGGCCAGAUGACACAGAGGUCUAUGGAGACAUUAAAGUCACCCUAAUUGAAACAGAGCCCCUGGCAGAAUAUGUCAUCCGCACCUUCACAGUCCAGAAGAAAGGCUACCAUGAGAUCCGGGAGCUCCGCCUCUUCCACUUCACCAGCUGGCCUGACCAUGGUGUUCCCUGCUAUGCCACAGGCCUUCUGGGCUUUGUCCGCCAGGUCAAGUUCCUCAACCCCCCAGAAGCCGGGCCCAUAGUGGUCCACUGCAGUGCUGGAGCCGGGAGGACUGGCUGCUUCAUUGCCAUUGACACCAUGCUCGACAUGGCUGAGAAUGAAGGGGUGGUGGACAUUUUCAACUGCGUGCGUGAGCUGCGGGCACAGAGAGUCAACCUGGUGCAAACAGAGGAGCAGUAUGUGUUCGUGCAUGAUGCCAUCCUGGAAGCAUGCCUCUGUGGCAACACCGCCAUCCCUGUGUGUGAGUUCCGCUCUCUCUACUACAACAUCAGCAGGCUGGACCCCCAGACUAACUCCAGCCAGAUCAAAGAUGAGUUUCAGACACUCAACAUUGUGACACCCCGAGUGCGGCCUGAGGACUGCAGCAUCGGACUCCUACCCCGGAACCAUGAUAAGAAUCGAAGCAUGGAUGUCCUGCCCCUGGACCGCUGCCUGCCCUUCCUCAUUUCAGUGGAUGGAGAGUCCAGCAAUUACAUCAAUGCAGCACUGAUGGAUAGUCACAAGCAACCUGCCGCCUUUGUGGUCACCCAGCACCCUCUCCCCAACACUGUGGCAGACUUCUGGAGACUGGUGUUCGAUUAUAAUUGCUCCUCUGUGGUGAUGCUGAACGAGAUGGACACUGCUCAGCUUUGUAUGCAAUACUGGCCUGAGAAGACCUCCGGGUGUUACGGUCCCAUCCAGGUGGAGUUUGUCUCCGCAGACAUUGAUGAGGACAUCAUCCACAGAAUCUUCCGUAUCUGUAACAUGGCUCGGCCACAGGAUGGUUACCGUAUCGUCCAGCAUCUUCAGUAUAUUGGCUGGCCUGCAUACCGGGACACACCCCCUUCCAAGCGCUCUCUGCUCAAGGUGGUCCGACGGCUGGAGAAGUGGCAGGAGCAGUACGAUGGGAGAGAGGGACGCACUGUGGUCCACUGCCUAAAUGGAGGCGGCCGCAGCGGAACCUUCUGUGCUAUCUGCAGUGUGUGCGAGAUGAUCCAACAGCAGAACAUCAUCGACGUGUUCCACAUCGUGAAAACACUGCGCAACAACAAGUCCAACAUGGUGGAGACACUGGAACAGUAUAAAUUUGUAUAUGAGGUGGCGCUGGAAUAUUUAAGCUCCUUUUAG